AUGUACUCGUGUUUAGUGACUCGACCCGAUCUCCCACAACCACUCUAUGAGACCCUCCGACCGCACUGUGCGCUCGACGUCUGGCAAAAGCCGGUGAUUAUGCCGAGGGAUGAGUUGGUGGCGCGGAUUAAAGGCAAACACGCGUUGCUGUGCACUCUAUCCGAUCGCAUCGACGCCCAUGUAUUGGAUGCGGCGACCGACUCGCUGCGAGUGAUCGCAACCAUAUCCGCCGGUUUCGAUCACAUAGACGUCAAUGAGUGUCGUGCGAGAGGCAUAAAAGUGGGAAAUACACCCGACGUGUUGACAGAUGCGGUCGCCGAGCUCACCAUCGCUUUACUGUUGGCCACUAGUCGACGACUUUUUGAAGCGGAAAAAGCGCUCCGAAAUGGCGAAUGGAUGACGGGUUGGAACCACCUAUGGAUGUGUGGCUCGUCUAUCAAAGACAGUGUUCUGGGAUUCGUUGGUAUGGGACGGAUAGGAAUGGCUGUCUGCCAGCGGCUGAAGAGUUUUGGUGCCAAAGAGUAUCUGUAUUGCGGAAACAGCGCGAAGUCCUCGGCGGACGCAUUGGACGCACAAUUUGUAUCGUUUGACGCGCUGUUAGAAAAGAGUGAUUUCGUGAUCAUAAGCUGUCUAUUGAACGACAAAACUCGUCACAUGUUUGAUGAAAAGGCAUUCAAACGCAUGAAGACGAGUGCGAUCCUGAUUAACACGAGUCGCGGGGCAGUCGUCGACCAGAAAGCGCUUUACAAUGCAUUAAACUCAGGCGACAUUAGAGGAGCCGGACUCGACGUCAUGGAAGUGGAACCGAUUCCUCUCGACGACCCCCUCCUCUCAUUGUCUAACGCCGGUGUGUCUGAGCUCCACAUUAAGUCUAACAUUGAAUUUAAUUAA